AUGAAAGGAGUCAGCAGAUUUGGAAGGGUGAGAAAGCUUAGUCCAAGAUAUAUUGGACCGUUUGAAAUUCUUGAAAGGAUUGGUAAGUCUGCUUACAGACUGUUACUAUCUGAUCAGAGGUCCGAUGUGCACAAUGUUUUUGAUAUAUCCUCUUUGAGAAAGUGGAUAUCUGAUUCUGACAAGAAGAUGUCUGCUAAUGAGGUUGAGAUUCAGGAGAAUCUGCAGUACAAAGAAGAACCUGAGUUGAUUUUGGCUUACGAUGUUCGUAAGUUAAGAAGUAAACAGAUUCCGAUGGUUAAGGUGCAGUGGAAGCACCGAACUGUAUGA